AUGAAAUACUCAAUCAUUCCUUUAUUGGCCUUAGCCUCAUCAGUUUUAGCUGCUCCUCAACCUCAUGCGCAUGAACAUCAUGUCCAUAAACGUGACCCAGCUGUUGUUUACGUUACUCAAACUCAAGUUGCCUAUGUUGAUGGUAAUGGUAACCCAAUCACUUCAACUAGUGCUGAAACUCAAACUCAACAAGAACAAACCGAAUCUGCUGCUCCAGUUGACAAGAAAGUUACCACUUUAUCUUCAUCAUCAAGUCAAGCUCAAGCUUCAUCAGCUACUACUGCUUCUUCAUCCCAAGGUGGUGAUGAUUCUUCUUCAUCUGCUUCUCAAACCUCAUCUCAAUCAUCUGCUACUUCUUCAUCAGGUAACGGUGGUUCAGGUGGUAUUUCAGGUGAUUUAAGUGCUUUCUCAGAUCCAACUGAAGAAUUUGAAGAUGGUAAAUACAGUUGUGAUUCUUUACCAACUGGUCAAGGUGUUAUUGCUUUAGAUUGGUUAAACUUUGGUGGUUGGGCUUCAAUCAUGAACAUGGAUGGUGAAACCUCAAAAUCUUGUCAAGAUGGUUACUACUGUUCUUAUGCUUGUCAAGCUGGUAUGUCUAAAACUCAAUGGCCAUCAAACCAACCAUCUGAUGGUAAAUCUAUUGGUGGUUUAUUAUGUAAAAAUGGUAAAUUAUACAAAUCAAACUCUGACAAAAAAUCAUUAUGUGAAUGGGGUCAAAAAUCUGCUAACGCUGUUAACAAAGGUAAAAAAUCAAUUGCCUUAUGUCGUACUGAUUAUCCAGGUUCUGAAAACAUGGUUGUUCCAACUGUUAUUGGUGCUGGUGAAUCAAAACCAAUGUCUGUUGUUAAUGAAGAAGGUUACUACCAAUGGAAAGGUGGUUCUACUUCUGCUCAAUACUAUGUUAACAAUGCCGGUAUUUCAGUUGAAGAUGGUUGUGUUUGGGGUGAUGCUUCAGGUACCAUUGGUAACUGGGCUCCAGUUGUCUUAGGUUCAGGUUACUCUGAUGGUAAAACUUGGUUAUCAAUUAUUCCAAAUCCAAACAACAAAAAUGCUCCAAACUAUUCAAUUAAAAUCCAAGCUGAAGAUGGUGCUACUUUGAACGGUGAUUGUUCAUACAUCAAUGGUAAAUACUCUGGUGGUUCAGGUUCAGAAUCUGAUGGUUGUACAGUUUCUGUUACUGGUGGUGCUGCCAACUUUGUCUUCUAUUAG